GCCGGACUUGCAACGCGUUCCACUCAACAAAAAGACAACCCUCCAAGUCGGGAACUCGAGGUUUCCUUUCGGACGCAGGACCGGAACUUGUGAUUGACGCGUCUAGCUUGACUGCGAAUCCAUCAAGAGCAGGGACCGGGAAGGCAGAACUUCGGUCCAACUCAGCGAAGACUGCGACGAAGACAACCGGGGAAGGGAAAGAAGGACGUUCCGUUCCCACGUCUCCACCAAGUCGAUCCUCUACGCACACACACACCCCCCCCAAAAAAAAAAAAAAAAUGCAGCGAGCCGUUGCUGGGUUCGGAUGUCUGGCGGUUUUGGUGGCGCUGGCCGCCUGCAGCGCGCCGCUGGUUCCGUUAGACGACAUCGUGAUCGAGAAGACUUUCGUGCCCGAGAAGUGCGCGCGCGCCGUGAACGUGGGCGACUACGUGCGGUACCACUACAACGGCAUGUUCCCCGACGGCAAGAAGUUCGACUCCAGUUACGACCGCGGCAGCACCUACAACGUUUUCGUGGGCCGGGGUCAGCUGAUCCGGGGCAUGGACAAAGCUCUGGUGGGCAUGUGCGUGAACGAGAGGCGGCUGGUCAAAAUCCCGCCGCACCUCGCCUACGGGAAGGAGGGAUACGGCGACAUCAUCCCGCCGGACUCCGUCCUGCACUUCGACGUGCUGCUGCUGGACGUGUGGAACUCGGAGGACGGCGUGCAGGUCAGCACGUACCGCAGCCCCCCCGUCUGCGCCCGCAAGGUGCAGGUUUCCGACUACGUGCGCUACCACUACAACGGCACCUUGCUCGACGGGACGCUUUUUGACUCCAGCCACACCCGCAUGCGGACGUACGACACCUACGUGGGCAUCGGCUGGCUGAUCGCCGGCAUGGAUCAGGGCCUGCUGGGGAUGUGCGUCGGCGAGCGGCGCGUCAUCACCAUGCCGCCGGCGCUCGGUUACGGCGAGAACGGAGACGGUAGCGACAUCCCGGGUCAGGCGUCCCUGGUCUUCGACGUGGUCCUGCUGGACCUGCACAACCCCAGCGACGGCAUCGCCGUCACCAACCAGCAGGUGCCCGAGCCGUGCCCCCGCAAGUCGGCGGAGGGCGACUUCGUGCGCUACCACUACAACGGAAGCCUCCUGGACGGCACCUUCUUCGACUCCAGCUACUCCCGUAACCGCACCUACGACACGUACGUGGGGCGUGGCUACGUGAUCGCCGGCAUGGACGAGGGUCUGAUCGGCGUGUGCAUGGGUGAGCGGCGCACCAUCACCAUCCCGCCUCACCUGGCCUACGGCGAGGAGGGCACCGGCUCCAAGAUCCCCGGCUCGGCCGUGCUGGUCUUCGACGUGCACGUGAUCGACUUCCACAACCCGUCGGACGGCGCCGCCGUGACCGUCACCGUCAAGCCGGACGCCUGCGACAAGCUGACCAAGAAGGGCGACUUCGUCAAGUAUCACUACAACGCCACGCUCAUGGACGGCACCCCCAUCGACUCCACGUACAACUACGGCAAGACGUACAACGUCGUACUGGGCGCCAACCAGGUGGUGCCCGGGAUGGAAGAAGGCCUGCUGGGAAUGUGCGUGGGGGAGCGCAGGCACCUCAUCGUCCCCCCGCACCUGGGAUACGGAGAACAAGGAGUUGUUGACGAGGUUCCGGGAAGUGCCGUUCUGGUGUUCGACAUCGAGUUGAUGGAAAUGGAGGACGGACUUCCCGAAGGCUACAUGUUCAUCUGGAACGAGGAGGUGGGGGGCGAGCUCUUCACCGAGAUGGACAAGGACAAGAACGAGGAGGUGGAACCUUUCGAGUUUAGCGACUACAUCCUGCGGCAGGUGAACGAAGGCAAAGGCCGGCUGGCGCCGGGUUUUGACCCGCAGCGCAUCAUCGACAACAUGUUCAACAACCAGGACCGCAACGGCGACGGCAAGAUCACCGCCGCCGAGUUCAGGCUCAAAGCCGACGAAGCCGCCGCGCACGACGAGCUAUGACGGGACUCUGAGAGACCAGAAAGUGGGGAGGGGGGUGAAGGGUUUUGGGGAGGCUAGAGGGUUUUUGUUUUUCUGUUUUGUUUGUUCUCCCCGAGACUGGAAGUUUGCUCAAAUGAGAUUUUCAGAAGUGUGGGGAAACUCUCUGUCGGGGAGGAUUUGAAGUCCUUAAAUUUAGGGAAUGAAUCUCCUCCAACAGACGGCUGUCGGCUUUGAAUUUGGUUUUUGUGCGUACAGAACGUGGUCCACCUGCCACCUCUGCUGUCACCUCUUUUCCACAACGCGGUACCAACUUGGCUCGGCUCUAAUGGUUUUCGUCCCCGGAGACCUUCCGCCAGGGUCAGACCACAGGAGAAAUCUGCUGUCUUACGAUGGGACUCUGAGACCGAGUCUUUGCCUACGUUGUCAGUUUCUAACGGCGUCGCAGCAUAUCGCACCUCACGUUUCCUCAACUUGUUGGUUUAUAAUGCACUUUUCUUGAAGUUUUCUUUUUGAUCUCCGUCUGGGAUGGUGUCUGCUGUUCUUGUGGCACAAGGUACAAGUAGUUGAAGAAGGUCUUCUUACUUUCUAACGGUUUCUUGUAACCAAAAGGGUCUGGCAUUCGUCUGCACUUGAUGGCGCUUUGGACCAUGACUUCUUUCUUGUCAAAUAUCACCAGUUUGAGGGAACUCCGCAGACUACCAGGCGCUUGCUUCCCUCCCGGUCAUCCGAGGACGGUCCCUUGGGGGCAAUUUUGGGGGCCAAGUCCCCCAAGAGUUCCUUCUACAGUAUGUAAUGGGUAUUGCUUCCAAGACUGAUGACGUAGUGCUCCACUCGCCUGACUUUGGUGCGGGUAGCGUGGGUUCAGUUCCCACUCGUGCCCUGCGGCCGACUAGCAAUCGGUUCACAGUGAUGGCCCGGGAUAGGUUCCGGCGCGCCUGUGACUCUUGUGAGGAUAAGCGGCUUUGAAAAGAGAUGGACGGGUGCAGAAAAGUAUCCCAGCACCACAUGUUUGCAGGAUUCUCGUUUUGAAAAUUUGCUGUUGACUGCAGGAUUACUUUUGGUCACGGGAACCUUUUGAAAUGAAAGUUCUUCCAAAUGAGGGAAACGUGGGCGCAGACAUGAUGCGUACUUUCGGAGAACCGAAUAGUUCCCCGAAGCAGAAGUACCCAGAACCGUAUCGUUCCUUACUUUUUGGAGUGGCAGCGUAGAUUCAACGGGUCACGGGGAUCCGAGCCGGUACCGUGCCGUGGAAAAGAGGCAGAAUCGCUCCGUUCCGGCUUUGGUUUUGGAGCUGCCAGGAAAGCCGUGUGGACUUUUGUUGUUGUUUUUCUCUAUUUUUAUUAUUUUUACGGAUCAUUUUUAGUGUGUGUGUGUGUGUGAUGAUAAGAGCAAAAUAUUUCAUCGUUAUUUGGCGUGUUACUUUGACAGGGGCCCCUUUAGUCUGGUUUGUGGACCCCCCCCGAACCAAACGUGCAAUUCGGGCCAUAACGGAUGGAUGACUCGUGUGGUUUUUUUUUUGUUUUUUUUUUUUUUUUUCUUUAAAUAUAGAUAUUUUAAGAACGGCGGCACAGUGGAUCAGCUGGUAAAGCUUUGGCCUCACAAUUCUGAGGAUCCGGGUUUGAUCCCGGCCCCGCCUGUCUGGAGUUCUCCGCGUGCUCGCGUGGCUUUUCUCCGGGUGGGCACUCCGUUUUCCUCCCACAUCCCAAAAACAUUAAUCGGACACUCUAAAUUGCCCCAAGGUGUGAUUGCGAGCGCGGCCGUUGGUCUCCACGUGCCCCGCGAUCGGCCGGCGACCAGUUCAGGGUGUAGCCCGCCCGCCUCCUGGCCGUCGACACCACUCCUUGUGAGGAUAAGCGGC